CAGCAACAGCAGCAGCAGCAACACCAACAACAGCAGCAACAACACCAGCAACAACAGCAACCACAAUUGGCAUUUUACUGCCAAUUGGCGCACGGUAGCGCUACCGGUUUGAUCUCCGGCUUUGGCAACGUGCGCGAACUCUACUGCAAGAUCGCCAAGUGCUUCGACAUACGCCCCGAGGAAAUUCUUUUUUGCACAUUAAAUACUCACAAGAUAGAAAUGUCUGAGUUGGUGGGUGGACAAAUUGGUUUGGAUGACUUUAUAUUUGCGCACAAAAAAGGGCGAGCAAAGGAAAUUGAGUUGAUAAAGACCGAGGACGCAUUGGGACUAACAUUGACGGACAAUGGAGCGGGUUACGUCUUUAUCAAGCGCAUUAAAGAAAAUUCGAUAAUGGACCGAUUGAGAGUCGUGCAGAUCGGCGACCACAUCGAGAAGUUGAACGGCAUAAGUCUGGUUGGUAAACGGCACUACGAGGUGGCAAGGAUGUUGAAGGAGAUCACGCGAGGUGCGACCUUAGUGCUGCGGCUCGUCGAGCCUCUCAGUAGAAGUGGCUUCGGGAUUAUCGGGCCCAGAUGUGCCGGGCCCCGAAGCAGAGGCAAAUUCUGCAGCUACGGCAACGGCCGAGAGACACUGAGAUUUAAGGCCGACGGCAUGGCGAAGAUCGAGCAAGUGAACGAAGAUGAUAAGUCAAGAGAAAAAAUCGAGAAAAUCAAUAAUGCAUUGGAUAUUUACAUGGGAAUUAGCGACGUUGUGCUGGCUAGGCGACUAUGGGAAAUUGCUCAAAAUAAAAUAAAUAGUAUGGACGUUGCCAAAGCAAUCGAUAGUUCGAUGCCAGAUUCUUAUAAUUUCCCUGAGGAUUUCAUUUUUGAUGUUUGGAAAAUAGCCUUUGAAGCGAGAAAUCAUUAACAAGAUAAUCAUAGCAUAUUUAUUCAUGAUUAGUCAAUUUUGUACAUAGCAUCGCGAUUAUCGCAUCAAAUUAAUUUUUAUAUUUUAACAAAUCACUUAAUAUUUUUUAUUACUAUUAAAUAAGCAAUCUAUGUGCAAUUUAUGUACAGUCGUAGAAGUAUAAGUUCACACGAAUUUACGGUGCAAUAAGUAGUUUCUUAACUUUUCAAUAGUGAGUCAACAAACUACUUGUCGCAUUGAUUAUGCAUAUUUUGCAAGAGUUAGUUCAUGCUUCGAAUCAUGACUCAAUGCGAAUACAAACUUUGUAUAUUUUUACUGUAUCGUUAGGAAAAUAUUUUGAAUUUUUAAUGUUAACGAGUUGUUA